AUGGUGCCUACCAUUCUGCUGAGCUCUUUUUUGCUUCAUUUCACUACUAUUGUGGCUUCAGAACCGCAAUACAUCCUGUUAGUCUCCUCUGUGAUACAGAGUGAUUCUACAGAAAAAGUAUGUCUGCACCUUUUAAACCUUAAUGAAGCUGUAUCCUUGAGUGUUGUCUUAGAAUAUGAUGGGUCCAAUACCACUAUUUUUGACCAGUCUGUGGAAGAGGAUAACUUCUACGCUUGUGCAGAUUUCAAGCCCAUCUAUAAACCCGUCUCUCAGAGGUCCUCUGAACAGUUGGCUUUUGUGACCUUGUUGGCGACGGGAGAUACUCUCAGGAUCUCUGAGAGGAGAUCUGUAGCAGUCAUUCCAGAGGAGACAGUGACUUUUCUGCAGACAGAUAAGCCCAUCUAUAAACCCGAAGAGAAUGUUCAAUUUCGCAUUGUGACGCUGGAUACCAAAUUCAAACCUGUUGAGGAGUCGUAUCCGUUAAUCACAGUUCAGAAAAUAGUCAAUGGAAUCUCCUUCUUCCAGUUCAAGAUUUCUCUGUUUCGACUGAUUUCAGAACCAAUGUUUGGAGAUUACUUGAUUAUUGUGAAAAGAAAAUCAGAAAAGACACUGAUACACCAGUUUACUGUUAAUAAAUAUGUGCUGCCCAAGUUUGAAGUUAAGGUUAGUGCACCACGAACAGUAACUAUUGCAGAUGACGAAUUCCAAGUGGAUGCAUGUGCUAAGUACACCUAUGGCCAACCAGUGCAAGGGAAAGCCCAAAUCCGGGUGUGCAGAGAAUUUUUUUCUUCUAGGAAUUGUGAGAGAAACAAUGAAAUAUGUGAGCAGUUCAUUGCACAGUUGAAAAGUGGAUGUGUUUCUCAAAUUGUAAAUACAAAAGUCUUCCAACUUUACCGUUCUGGACUUUUCAUGACAUUUGAUAUCACUGUAAUUGUUACAGAAUUUGGGACAGGUGUGCAGAUCAGUGAAACGACCUCUAGUUCUAUCACUCAACUGCUUGGGAAUGUGAACUUUGAGAACAUGGACCCUUUCUAUAAAAGAGGGAUUUCUUAUUUUGGAACUCUUAAAUUUUCUGGUCCCAAUGAUGUACCUAUGGUGAGCAAGGUGCUGCAGUUGGAGCUCAAUGACAAUUUUAUAGGAAACUACACUACAGAUGAGAAUGGCGAAGCUCAGUUUUCCAUUGACACUUCAGACAUAUUCGAUGCGGAGUUCAACCUGAAAGCCACAUACAUUCGACCUGAGAGCUGCUAUCUUCCCGGCUGGUUCACGCCUGAGUACACGGACGCUCAUUUCUCAGUCUCACGCUUUUACUCCCGAACCAACAGCUUCUUGAAGAUUGUUCCUGAACCAAAGCAGCUUAGGUGCAAUCAACAGAAGAUUGUUACUGUGCAUUACUCCCUAAACAGUAAAGCAUAUAAGGACGACUCUACUGUAAACUUCUUCUAUUUGGUGAUGGUAAAAGGAACUAUCUUCCUCAGUGGACAAAAGGAAAUCAGAGACAAAGCCUGGAGUGGAAACUUCUCUUUCCCUAUCAACAUCAGUGCUGACCUGGCUCCUGUGGCUGUCAUGUUUGUCUACACUCUUCACCCCAGUGGGGAAAUUGUGGCUGACAGUGUCAGAUUCCAGGUUGACAAAUGCUUUAAGAACAAGGUUAGCAUUAAGUUCUCAAAGGAGCAAGGGCUACCGGGCUCCAGUGCUAGUCUUUGUCUUCAAGCAGCCCCUGACUCAGUGUGUGCCCUCCGAGCUGUGGAUAAAAGUGUCCUUCUACUGAAAACGGAGCAACAGCUGUCAGCUAACAGUGUGUAUGACCUGCUUCCAAAUAGAGAACUAUAUAGUUAUUUCUACCAUGGUCUCAACCUUGAUGAUGGCAAGGAAGACCCUUGCAUUCCCCAGAGGGAUAUGUUUUACAAUGGCUUGUAUUAUAAACCUGUAAGCAACUAUAGGGAUGGAGACACCUAUGACAUUGUCAGGAAUAUGGGUCUGAAAGUCUUUACCAACCUCUGUUAUCGGAAACCAGAAGUAUGUUCAGAGGACACAAGCCUGCCAUUGCCGAGGCCAUUAUAUCUAAACCCAGAAAGAUAUUCGCUGAUGCAUAGUGCCCCAUCUGGAAUUGCAGCUGGAAUGGCCAUAGAGAAGAAUGUUAACCAUGUAGAACAGGCUGUAAUAGAAACAGUAAGAACAAACUUUCCUGAGACAUGGAUAUGGGACCUCGUCAGUGUCGAUUCCUCGGGUUCAGCAAAUCGUUCAUUCCUUGUCCCUGAUACUAUAACCCAGUGGGAGGCCAAUGUCUUCUGUGUGAAUGGUGAUGCAGGAUUUGGAAUUUCACCAGCAAUCUCUCUGGAAGUCUCCCAGCCCUUCUUCGUUGAAACUGCCUUACCCUAUUCAGUUGUUCGAAAUGAACAAUCUGAUUUGAUUGUCAGUGUCUUCAGCUACCUGACUACGUGUGUAGAGAUUUCUGUUCAGUUGGAAGCAUCUCAGGAUUAUGAAGCAAAUAUCAACACCCUGAAAAACAAUGGCAGUGAGAUUAUCCAAGCUGGAGAGAAGAAAACGUAUGUCUGGACUGUUAUACCUAAGAAAUUGG